AAUAGAAGAAGACAAAGUAGCACUAGUUUUAUCAGUUGAGUGUAAGCACAAUGAGCGACAACAUCUUGAAAGGUCCUAUUCUAGAUUACGUUCCAUGUACCACCUUGGGGCAGUUUUUUUUCGAAGCUACUAAAAAGUACGAAAAUCGUAUUUGCCAGAUCGAUGUACUUAGAGAUCAACAUGAAACUUAUUCCUCCGUGAGAAAAAGGAGUACCAGAGUUGCUUUAGAAAUGCAAAAGAGAGGUAUUACUUUUGAAGAUGUGGUAGUUACGUGCUCUUCAAGUACCAUAGAUACUGCUAUACCAAUAUUGGCUACUUUUUAUCUAGGAGCUAAAAUUGCUAAUUUGGAUAUUACUUUGUCCGUUAGACAAGUUACACAUCUGCUGUCUCUUGUAUCCCCAAAGAUGAUUUUUGUUGAAGAGUCUGCUGUUGGCUUAAUCGAAAAGAGUGUAGAGAAUGCCAGUUUGAAAGCAGAAAUAGUAGUCUUUGGAGAAUCGCCAAACUAUAGUACUUUCACCGAUUUUGUAAAACCUCAGGAAAAUGAAGACCAGUUUAAACCCGUCGUUGUUGAUUUAGAAGAGACCACAGUUAUGUAUUUUAGUAGUGGUACUACCGGCCUUCCCAAAGCUAUCUGCCAUAGCAAUCGCAGUGUUCUACAUUUUGCCUUCUCUUUUGACAAUUCCACCGAACACCUGGACGCAGUUCUUUCUUUCAGUUCUUUCUACUGGAUAACGGCAAUGAUUUUCCUUACUUCCAUAUUUAUAAGCGGUGGACAUAGAAUCAUUUGCGGAAAUAAAGUAGAAGCUGAAAGAACCUUCAACAUCAUCGAAAAAUACAAAGUAACUUACAUGUUUGUAGCACCAAUACUAUCUUAUCAACUUACAAACUUUGACAAUUAUCAGUCCUACGAUACUUCCUCGCUUCGUACUAUUAUGACGGCUGGUACUGCUUUGAGUACCACUCAGUUUAUUAAACUGAGCACUAUUUUCCCCGGAGUCGAUAUUAUUGGUUGCUAUGGGCAAACAGAAGUUUGCGUAAUCUCAAUGUUUGAUACUAAAUCCGACAAGAAGCUCAUUCGUGUGAAAAAUCAAUCUUCUGGUAAAGUUAUUACCGGAAUUACGCUUAAGAUAGUUGACCCCGACACUAACAAAAUCAUGAGUCGUUAUCAAAAUGGCGAGAUACGAGUGAAAUCCUCUGCUAUUAUGAAAGGUUAUUACAGAGCCGAUAGUACCGAAGUCUUCGACGGUGAAGGUUUUCUGAAAACGGGAGACGUGGGAUAUUUCGAUGAAGAUGGUUGCGUAUACAUCGUUGAAAGGUUGAAAGAGAUGUUUAAGUAUUUGUCUUGGCAUAUAGUACCGACAGCUAUAGAGUCAAUACUUUUUGAGCAUCCUGGUGUUAAGGAAGCUGUUGUUUUUGGUUUUCCCAAAAACGAAGAAGAAGGAGAACUCCCUGCAGCUUGUAUUGUUGUUAAUGAAGGUUUCUGUGUUACUGAAAAAGAAAUUGAAGAAUUUGUUGCGAAUAGGGUUUCCGAUAGGGAAAAAUUGAGGGGAGGAGUGUACUUUGUAAAGGAAAUCCCCAAAACGCCGAGCGGAAAAGCGAUGAGAAAAGAAGUGCGCAAGUCUGUAAUAAACUCCCCCAAUAAGUAAAUUCAAAACAUAUAAAACUGAUUAGAAAUAAAUAAAGAAUAGUUUUUCUCAUU